AUGUUACUUGCCCUAUUAACUGUGGUACGGUGUGCCCUUUUGAGCGGCUUUCAUGAGAACUCUCCGCACUCCACCCUGGCCUUCUCACCGCCCUUCAUCCUUGGCUUGGAAUGUUCAUCAGAGGCUGCCAUAUCGUUACGCAGUCCUCCUUUCCUAGGUCUUACCACAGUCUCUCUCUUGCCUGGUAAGAUCCGUCUGCCCUCUCCCGGAGUCACAUAUUUCACUCGACCCCUGCCACCACAUCUGUGCCAUCCGAGGCGUUAUUGGCCCUACCCUGCGUCUGAGUCACUAAUUCGAGGCUAA